AUGGCGAGCGCAGCGCUGAAGGUGCUCAUCUUGUUGGUGACGCAGGCAGGGGUGGUUACUGGAAAUUUGCUCGACAACUUCGAGUGGCUGAAGGAGCAUGGUGAUGAGGCCUUGGAGGCUGCUGCGCAUUGCCAGAACGUGGUUGUCCAGGUGUCCAAGCUGACCGAGAAGUGCCAGGUGACCAAUCAGCUCGAGAACUUUGCAGCGGUGGUUGCUUGGUUUGCGAUUGACCAAACUGGGCAUUUAGGCUCCGACUCCUUGCUCGCCGAUCUGGCUCGUUCUCCGCCGGCCCUCACUAUGAAAGCGAAGGCCCAGCAGGUGAUCCUCGCCAGCACUCAAGCCAGCAUGGAUGAGGUCUGCAGCCCUGGCGAGUGCAACAUUCGAUACCAUGCAGAGUUCUUCGAGGCCUUCGCCGGUUGCUACGCCCCCUCCGUCUGCGCGGCCUCACAGCUCGGGACCAGCAACUUCCAUCGAUGCAGGAGCUCGCUUCAGAGUUUUGUGCUCAAUGAGAUGAAGAAGCAGGCACAAAGUUGGUGCAACAAGGACGAAAGCGGCAUUUAUUGCCAGCAGCAUGCCUCCGAGAUGAUGCUGCAAAGCCCGAUGUGCUAUGCCCUGUAUGUCCAGCCCGUGCUCGAUAACGGCCCUCACAGGAGGGCCGACGCGUGCUCCCACAAAGAGUGCAUUGCAGGCUGGAAGCAGGCCGAGAAGCACCCCACCUGCAGCUCCACGAUGAACUAUCUCGCCAAGUCCCGUCUCAAGGGCAUGACAAAGCUGCUACGUCAGAUCUGGGGGGCAAAGCAGGAGCUGAUUCUCCCAUCGAAUGGGCUGACGUUCUCUGAAGCUUGCAUUGACAAGCAGACUGAUGACGUCAUGGUCUAA